CCAGUCUUCACACGGUAAUCAUGAAAGCAAAAUGGAGGAACGUUCGAAACGAUAUAAGAAGAUUGACUUUUUAGGCGAAGGACAGUUUGCGACAGUUUACAAAGCUGAAGAUCAGGAAACGCACACUAUUGUAGCAGUGAAGAAGGUAUUAAAGUCCUCGUUCACCGGUACACAAGAAGUAAUUCGAAAGACCAAGCAAAGCAAUUAGAGGAAAACAGAUCACUCCAACACCAGAUGACUCCUAAGUUUAAUAAACCUAAAUGUUGUCUGAAAAAGAUCAUGAAUUGGUCAGACAGAGUACAUGUUACCUAAGCAUGGAAAUCGAUGAUGGAAAAAGCAAUCGAUCAGUCGAUCAAACUAGGACAGAGGAGUGAAGCAAAAGAUGGAAUCAACAGAACUGCAUUGCGUGAAAUCAAGCUUUUGCAGGAAUUGAAACAUCCUAAUAUUAUAGGGCUUCUUGAUGUGUUUGGCCACAAAUCCAACAUUAGUCUUGUGUUUGACUUUAUGGAGACAGAUCUUGAGGUUAUAAUAAAGGACACAAGUCUUGUGUUAAGUCCAGCAAACAUAAAAAGUUAUAUCAUUAUGACAUUACAAGGUCUGGAAUAUCUUCACAUGAAUUGGAUCCUUCACAGAGAUUUGAAACCGAACAACUUGUUGAUUGAUGAUAAAGGAGUAUUGAAGAUUGGUGAUUUUGGGCUUGCUAGAUCUUUUGGAAGUCCAACAAAGGUUUAUACACAUCAAGUGGUGACAAGGUGGUACCGUUCACCAGAGCUGUUAUUUGGAGCAAGGAUCUAUGGUACAGGCGUUGACAUGUGGGCUGUUGGCUGUAUACUUGCUGAACUGCUUCUCAGGGUUCCUUUCUUGCCUGGAAGUUCUGACUUGGAUCAACUGACCAAAAUAUUUGAAACCCUUGGUACACCAUCUGAAGAUUCCUGGCCAGGUGUGACAUCUUUGCCAGACUAUGUGGAGUUUCGUAAAUUUCCAGGGAUUCCUCUUAAGGACAUAUUUUCUGCAGCUGGUGAUGAUCUUUUAGAUAUGCUUGAUAGAUUGUUGGACUGUGAUCCUUCUGGCAGAGUAAAUGCAACUCAGGCUCUCAAGAUGCCAUACUGUUCUAACAAGCCUGUACCCACUCCUGGACACUUACUGCCACGCCCUAAAAUACCAGGGCCUGCGGCAAGUAUGAAAGAGGAGGAAACUUCACUGAAAAGGAAGAUAUUUGAUUCAGUCUCUGAUACAGGAAUAAGAGCGAAAAAACUGGUUUUUUAACCAAAGUACAAAAUAAAGUGCAAAGUUGUCAACACAUUAGUAACAAACACUAAGGACCAGCAGUUUAUUCAGCAAACACUCGGUUAAAGACUCUCGUUCCAUGGCGACCAAUUGCUCUGUGUUAGCUUGAGGAGACGAUUCUAUUAAGCCAGUGAUGUAGACUGUGAAUGACUUCCCCGGGACACGAUGGAUGAAAAUCGUGAAAGAAGUUGCUGACAAUGCCAUCCGUUCAGCCAAAACUUCGAUAAUUUUGAAUGCGUUAGACGCUAUGAACACAAACUAAGAGUACUGGGCUCAAGCUCUUGGUUCUACUAUCUAUGGACGUUUAAACUCGAAGCUAAUAACAUACACAUAUCUGAAUAAGUGAAAAAGAGAUAAGAUUGAAACAACAACUGCCCUUGUCUGUCGUCCUAGGCGUUCCCGUUGAACUUCAUUGACUUUUCAGUUCUUUUAUCGUUGCAGCCGAUUGUUAAGACCUGUUAUAAACUUCCGCCUUUUCCUGUAUGUUUGGUGGCGUAUGUUGAUGUAUAGAUAGGUAUACGUAUUUAAUAAAAGAAAAAAUACAUUGCACAUUUAAAAUGCCGACCAAAGUCAUUUUUUAAUUGCAGGGCAGAGACGUUGUAGGUUGUCAAAAAAUAAAUACCUUAUAAAAGUUUUUUAA